CUUCCGAAUGGAGUCUGUGACUCAUUGAGUAAUGCCUCUACAAAUCACUCCAACCAGGUAACAGGUGCUAACCCUGCACAAGUGGAUUACUCUCAAUUGUCUCCUAGAGAAAUCUUAGAUGCAAUUCUUCAACGCAAUAAAGAUCCACAAAUCGAUGAAAUGGUAAGAGCUCUUGCGGCCAAAUUACCUGAGGAAAUAUCCAGUGGCAUUGAGGCUGAGAAGCGGGCGCGCAGCCUUGUUUCUAGAUUUCUUCAAUGUUGUGGACUAACCCAAUAUGUCUUGGAACCUACUCGAGGCGACUCAAUUCUUGAUUUAGUCCUAUCGUCCGUGCCUCUUUUGAGAAACGUUUCGAUUCAGCCACCCUUUGUGUCCUCUGACCACAAUUGUGUUGCGUUCCAAAUAGAGUUAACUAAACCCGAGGUAAGCAAACUACCUCUCCCGGACUUCAAUAAAACAGACUUUCGUAGAUUGUCUUUAUACUUAGAUUCGGUUGACUGGUGGGAUGCUUUAUGCUAUUAUGCGUCUGUCGAUGAUCUAUAUAGAAAAUUCUGCCGUGUUAUAUAUAGGGCCUGGCUAUGUGUGUUCCCUUCCAUUCAACUGAGCCACAUAGGAAUCUGCUCUGAACUGGAUCGUCACUUGAGAAAGUUCCUCAUUAACAGUGAAAAACAUGCAAGUAAUUCUGUCAAUAGUAAGGCAAUAUUUUCCCUAAUCAAUAAGAAAAUGAAAGCCCGAAAUCGUUAUCUUGAUGACGAGUCUAAAGCUGAAGCGCUGGCAAAAUAUUUUUCUUCAGUGUUUCUUGCUACCAUCCCGAUUCCCAUGUAG